CUAGAGCCUCGGCGCCGCGCGCAUCCACGCCGGAUUACUCACCUGUGCGCUGCAUUCAGUGGACGCCAGCCAGUCGUUCAAUCAUUAUUUCACAGCAGCUUUCCAUCGCCAAGGUUGCUUUAGCAUUGCGCGCGCCUGGACACGCCACUGAGAGCCCAGCAUCCUUUCGGCCUCUACACGGCGCGCGGGCGUAGAGCGCAAUGUCGGACGCCAUGUCGAGAGCGCGAGAAAUCGCCGCGAAGCUACGGGGCGGCUUCAGCGACACGGGCCCGCCGCCCGAGAAGCGGCGCCGCGGCGGCUUCUCUGACGGACCCCCUGCGGGCAAGCCCCACCUCGCCGACAUCGCCGCCGCCGCCGCCGCGGCGGUGCGAGAACGGCUGUCCGGCGGGCCGCCCCAGCCAAAACAAUCGCAAGGCGACCACUACGGGCCAGGACGAUCUACUCACAUAGCGGAACCGGCAGUAGCCUUACCUACGGCCCAGAAAUUUUUAUUUACGGACGAGCCGGGCAUGGAGUUCGAGCUGAAGGAGUUACAUGUCGCUUUGGCCUGCUCAGCGCAACCCAUCACUUCUACGAAAAUCUUUACGCCCGAGGACGGCCUGACGAACUACAUGGGCUUGGUCCUGGGCCCCAAAGGGAGCUCCUUAAAGCAAAUGCAGGAGAAGUACCGCUGCAAGAUUGUGGUUAGGGGCCGGGGCAUCCAGCGAGGCGGCGCGUUCGACCCCGACCCUUCGCCCGACGACGACCUGCCGAUGCAUGUAAGCGUGACGGGCCCGCAAGACGCGGUCCAGUUCCUGGAGAAGGAGUACCACGCCAUGUUCACGAAUGCUGAGAAGAGAAGAGAAGUCAAGCAGCGGCAGAUGGACACGAUGGUCUCCGGAGAAACGGCUGGUACGCAAUUAGCUUUGAGGGACGGGGCAUUAGUCGUAGCAUCAUCAUCCGGAGACAACUGGCGCGUCAUCCCGUCGGCGCCGCGGCCGGGCGAGAAGACGUAUGAAGCUAGAGUACCCAAUGGCAUGGUAGGGUUGGUGAUUGGGAGAGGUGGGGAAAACAUCAAGCGGCUCAAUCUGGACUUUGGCGUGCGCGUGCAAGUCGCCAAAGAAGCGGAACCGAGGAAGACCCCGGAUGCCGUCGAGACGCGAAGAAUCGCGAUAACAGGAACGCCGGAAGGUAUUGACAGGGCGAAAAAGGACCUGUCCGAGAUGAUCAAAACCCGAAAGGCGAACGGCGGCUGGUCGACGGGCCCCUGCGCCAAGACGCUGGUCGUGGACAACUCCAAGAUCGGUUUGAUAAUAGGCAAGGGUGGGUUGACCGUCAAAGGGAUCCAGGAGCGGUCCGGUGCGAAUGUGGCCAUCCCGUCCGAGGCCGAUACAGACAACCCUCUGAAAAGGACUUUGACCAUCACGGGCCAGACCGACGAGGCCGUGCGGGAGGCCUCGGUCGAGAUCGAGAACAUGCUGCGGAACCACGACCUCUCGAACGGCUUCGACGCGUCCGAUAGUCUGUGGGGGCCGCCGACGCCGGUACCCGUGCCCGAGGGCUGUGUCGGUCUCAUCAUCGGGAAGGGUGGAGAAACGAUUCAAAGGCUCCAGCAGGGCACGGGCGCGAAGAUCCAAAUUCCCAACGACCCGCAGCCCGGUUCCGACCCGCCGAUGCGCGUGAUCCUCGUCGCGGGCUUGCCGCAGCAGCGCCAGAACGCCUACUACGAGAUCCAACUCUUGGUGGAGCAGCACAACCAGCGGAACCCGCAGUACCUCGGAAGUAGCGCGAUGGUCGACCCCUACGCCGAGUCGCAGAUGCUCGCGCCGGACGCCUACUACCAGGACUUCUGGAACUACGCGGGCUGGUACGGCGAAGAAGCGGCUCGACAAACAUACGGCGCCUACGCGCCGCCGGUAGGCUCGCAGCCGCCGGCCGCGGAGCCCGCGGUGCCCGGCGUCGAGCCCGCCGCGCCGGGCGUCGCCGCGCCGGCGCCGGCCGCGGCCGCCGGCGCGCAGACUUAUGGGGCUGCGCCGCUGACCUACGCGCCGGACUACGCCGCGGCGCCGCCGGGCGUGACGCCUCCUGCAGCGCCGCCGGCGCCCGCGGCGGGCGUCAUGGCAGGGUUCGUCGCCGCGACGUCGCCGGCGGCGCCCGCCGGUCGCGGCCGCGGCGUCUCGAACCUGCCGGCCUGGAUGACGAACGCGGAAGCGCCUGCACCGGCAGCAGAUCCCGCGGCCGACGCGCUCGCCGCGGCGCUCGCGACGCCGGGCGCGCCCGUGCCGCCGGCACCGGGUACUUAG